UCCGAGGCUGGGCUAGGAAUCCGGAGGGGAGAUUUUCCUCAUGCUCACGGAGGCUGGAGACUGGAAGAGUGCGAGGAAGGAGGAAGGGGAUUUGUGGCGCUUUCUACCUACUACGAGACUGACAAGGGGAGGGGGCACCUACAUUUACACCUUCUCUUCGUGAUUGAGAACUGCGGGUUCAGUCCGAUCCCACGGAGCUCUGGCGAUUGCUUAUUUAAAAAAAAAUUAUUAACCGUGGGAGAAGGGAGGCUCGGUCUUCAGCUGCCAGACCCAUCUCGGAGGUGGUAUUGGUGUGUGAGUGUGCGUGGUGGUUAUUUUUCCCCCCUUUCUUUCUUUCUUUCUUUUUUUUCUUUCUUUUCCUUUCCCCCCUUCUCUCCUAGGGGCAACACAAUGGCAGUCUUCUCUCGCUAAGAUGAAUCCAGCUUGCCUUCUGCAGAUCCGCCCAUCCUCAGAGCCAUCGAGUAAAAGGCUAUGAUUUCCCCUUUGGGGAUCUUUUGUGCAUUACUGAGCUCCCCGGUUAGUUUUGCUCUCCGUUGGGAUUUCUCUGCUUUUUUGUUUGGCUUCACGCUGAAAAAGGAUUUUUUUCCCCCAACCCUUUGGUCGUAAUCCAGUGGUGAUCAAGGGGGGAAAAUAAAUAAUCAUUCACCCUGGCCGAGAAAAAACAAUCACUGAGAAGUCUCAAAGAAAUAUACCACGUGAGGGGAAAAAACUGGGAGAAGAUCCGGAAUAUUAACGUUUUUCCUAUGGUAAAACCGGUGCCCCUCUUCAGGAGAACUGAUUUCAAAUUAUUAUUAUGCAACCACAAGGAUCUCUUCUUUCUCAGGGUGUCUAAGCUGCUGGGUUGCUUUUCGCCCAAAUCAAUGUGGUUUCUUUGGAACAUUUUCAGCAAAGGAACGCAUAUGCUGCAGUGUCUUUGUGGCAAGAGUCUUAAGAAAAACAAGAACCCAACUGAUCCCCAGCUCAAGGGUAUAGUGACCAGGUUAUAUUGCAGGCAAGGCUACUACUUGCAAAUGCACCCCGAUGGCGCUCUCGAUGGAACCAAGGAUGACAGCACCCAUUCUACACUGUUCAACCUCAUCCCAGUGGGACUGCGAGUCGUUGCCAUCCAGGGAGUGAAGACAGGGUUGUACAUAGCCAUGAAUGGAGAAGGUUACCUCUACCCAUCUGAACUUUUUACGCCUGAAUGCAAGUUUAAAGAAUCUGUUUUUGAAAACUAUUAUGUAAUCUACUCAUCCAUGCUGUACAGGCAACAGGAAUCUGGUAGAGCCUGGUUUUUGGGAUUAAAUAAGGAAGGGCAAGUUAUGAAAGGGAACAGAGUAAAGAAAACCAAACCAGCAGCUCAUUUUCUACCCAAGCCAUUGGAAGUUGCCAUGUACCGAGAACCAUCUUUGCAUGAUGUUGGCGAGACGGUCCCAAAGGCUGGAGUGACGCCAAGCAAAAGUACCAGUGCAUCUGCAAUAAUGAAUGGAGGCAAACCAGUCAACAAGAGCAAGACCACAUAGCCAGAUCCUCAGGUGUCCUGACUUACUUGUCCUGAGCACAGUGGAGCGAUUUAUCCUUACCAGACAUUCAUGCUCCCGUGGCUGAAGAGCCCCAGCAAGCAAGCUCACGCUUGCUCUUUGCUGUCUCUGAACUUCUCUGUUGCAAGUGGAUAAAUCUCAACCUGUGGCCCCCACACACCAAGAAGACACCUGGACAAACCAGCCAAACUCAGACCAUGGAAUGCCCUACCAGAUAUGGAAUGCCUUUUUAAUAUCUUUUCUGUGACUGUGACACUUUAUGUGAAUGACAUACUUCACAAGUACACUCGAUACCUUGCCUGCUGACAGCUACCCAUAAUCCUUUUUGAGUCCCGUUUCAGCGAAAUUCAUGUGUUUCAGUUCAAUUUUGUAGCACACAAAUAAUAUUGAGUAAUUUCUAGUUAGACGCUGUAAACCUGUGCUAUUAUGGAUUUCUCUUCCUCCCGUUUUUACAGGGCUGCUCGCUCCACUGUCUGACCUUUAGCAGGGAUUGUGUUCCUCUAAAUCUUAAAUGUUGCAGUUGGAUUAGUUCGGAGAGCAAUCAGGGAAUCAGGAAGCCUUCUAAACCUAUUACUACAAACCACAUCUAUAAAGAUUAAGAUUGUUGUCUUUGGCUCACAUUAUCGAUUACACACACAUACAUGCUUUGCCCAGUAGAAAAUGCUGAGCUCCUGAAGUGGGGGUUGCCUGGGUGGGACAAGAGUCAAACACAAUCCACAGGAAGCUCUCUAUGAUAUGUGUUUGACAUCUCCUCUAAGUUUGUGUGUGUGUGUGUGUGUGUGUGUGUGUGUGUGUGUGUGUGUGUGUUUUAUACAUAUCACAAGCUUACUGGUAAUGGUAACAUUUGCCUUGCCCAGCGAGCAAGACCCACUUGGUUUUUAAGAAAGUGGGUCCAAAGAAUUCUGUAGGCCUUGUAGGCCUGAUUAAGGUUCAUUUUUCAUCUAUUAAUCUUCAUUAUUGGGAAAAAAGGAAAAAAGAGUUAAACAUUACAACGUAUAAGAAAUGCACUACCUAAAUCCAUUUCCCAUCCAUUCCUUCCUGUUUUUAAUGAAACAACUAAAUGCCAUCCCCAAUUUGGGCUGCGUUCUACUCAUACUCAGCCAAGCAUGGGCAAGGUGGCUGUUGUAUUCUUUUUUGCAGCAGCAAAGCAAACGUUAGUUAUAAAUUAGACUUUAAUAUUUUUGGUGUUUAAUGACAAGUUUUUAAACUGGAAAUAUUAGAAAAAAAUAUUUUUUUUAGCUCAGCAUGCUGAGUCUGGUACUAUGGAUGUCAGCAGUACACACCUCUAACUCAACUCAGUGGGGCCCACAGUGCCCAGUGGCUGGGGUAGAGGUGCCAUGCCAAGAUGUCAGAAGAAUUCUGUCUGAAUAUCCUAGAUAAAAAUAAAGGCAAACCAUACACUCCAACAUCAGAGUUUUGGGUCAUUUGAUUUAUUUGUUUUCAUUUUCUCUUGCUUUCUUAACUUCCUUUUGGAUUGAAUAUUGUUGGACUCUGAGUUUAGGGAAGACAGUAAAAAGAAAGACAGUGAAUAGCUGAUGAGACAUUUGAAGAUUCCAUGCAAAGUGUUCAAUAUUGGAUCUAAAGAGUUUCAAAAUGUUUAAAACUAACAUGUUUGGAAAUAUAUUUGUUAACUCUGUGUACACUUAAUAAAAUUCCAUGUGUUCUUCUAAGAAGAGUUCAUUGAGACCAAACUGAACCUCUUUUAUAGAAAACAGUCAAUGUGGGAUCAAUGUACUGGCCUCUUGUUAUUAUUUCUAUGUGGCAGGAUGACAAGUUGCCAUUUGCCCCCACCUGCACUGAACUUAUUGGGAAAUUAUUUUGUCACUGUUUUCAUAAAUCUCUAUGACAGCCCUUGCCCAGCAUCUAAAAUUUUUGGCCUGCUUAGCUGAUUAAAGAUUCAGUAUAAAUUUAAUUGUUUAUGCUUAUUUCAUUUUCAUAUUGAAUUCCACUUUAAUAAAUAAAAAUUAGCAUAAAGUUUGAGUAGAUUUAUUGUCAGUAAUGUUAAACUCAAAUACAACGAGGUGAUUCCUUUGACCAUUCUUGAUUUGGAGUUAUGCAUAUUAGAUGAAAUCCAUUAAUUCAUUAUUUAGAAAAGACAUAUAUCCCAUAAUGUGUGGUAAACUAUGAAUAACUUGUAAUUCUUGUUAGUUGGGCUUAUAGAUACUGCUAACACCCCUCCAAAUACAUUAAACCCCAAACCAUCCCACCUCUCUGUUUUAGAUAAUCAUUCCUACUUGCAGUUCUUUUUCUUUUGAAGGCCUGUUUACGGUUAAAUUAAGGCAAGAUUUAUUUUUGUAAGUGGCUGAAAUGUUAUGUAAAUGUUUACUUCUGUUUUGUUCCUAAGAGCUGUCUAAUAGGGCAUUUACUGUUGAGUGGAUGUCAAAGUACUUUCUUCUAAUAUAUGUUUAGAUAUGUUGCAGAGGGGUCCUUGUUAUUUGUAAUUUGACUGUCUCCUUCAUGUCUGGUCUCACCUGUUGCAUGGGAAGAGGAAAGCACCAAUGAACUGCAUGUAGUAGGACCCAUGUAUCUAGAACUGUUGGUAUGUGUUAUCCAAUUUACAUACAGAGAGUUUGUCUGUAUUGUACAGUUCGUGUUUAUUAUCAUUUGUUGUUUCCACAAAUACAACAUGUUGAAUAAAAUACAUGAAGGCAUAUGAAAAAAUUAAAUAACUUUAUGUAAAAAAUGGCAUUGUAUCACCCCCAACUAUAGAGAAAUACCAUGUAUAUAGGUUGAUAAACUCAGUUUUCCCCUUUACCAUGCCAAAGAAAAUUUUAGCUCUUUGAUGAUACCUCUCUUGCUAUUUCUGGGAUAAGACCACCAUUUCUUCCCUCAGAAAUUAAGUUUGCUAUUAUUAAGUGCAAUCUGUCAUUAUUGAUGUUCUGUAUAGUAAAUCUGAUGGAACUCAUUUGUAUUUAUAGACUGUGUGUUUUGUACCUCCCUGUACCGUAUGUCCAUUGUACUAAGUCUCUAGAAGAUCCCAUUCCUUCUGCAUGCAAAUUUGGUUUGGGAGGGUUAGUUCUGCUAAUUUGUUAUGGUAAUUGAUUGCUUUCCCUAUCCAUCCAAAUGCUCAGAAAUGCUAAUCUUUUGCAUAUUUCAAGUGACACCAUUUUUUUUUUUUUUUUCUGGUAAGUUUACUUUCUGAACUUUGCUACCACUUUAUUUGGAACAAUUAUAGAAGACACGAAAACCAUCGACCCUCUGUGAAAAGUCAAAGGGGACUGAACAUCAUUUCCUUAUGAAUUCUGGAGAACCGUGAGAUUCUUCCUGUAUAAAAGUUUGCUGUUCUGAGUAUCUUGGGGUAAGGAGGAGGUCCACAAUUGUCCUUAGGACUUUUGCUUUAGCCCUUCUAAAUUCUGGCCUUUCAGCAAGCAAGCAGAGUUUAUCACAUCUAACCACUUAAUUAAUAUUUCAAGUACUAAGACACCAUUUUUCAGAAAAUAGAGUGGCCAACAUCAGAUUUAGUUAUCUUAAAAAACUUUCUUGUUCCUUAAGCUAGAUACGUGUUCAUUAGAAAUUUUUCCCAAAUAUUUCAUGGAUAAUGGAUGUUAGACAUCACACACAAAAAAGAAUGAGACAAAACUGACUAACUGGCCAAUUUAUAAGGAGGUGUAAAAAUGCUAUAUCCAGGAGAAACAAUUGGAAUAAAUGCCCAAACAUUUUCUGAAGUGUAGGCAUAGCCAAAUCCAGAAUGUAAAUUCUGGUACUGUUGAGUAAUUUAUACAUAUAUAUUUUUUAGUAAUUAUUAUAAUAUAUAUGUAUCUAAGUAUUCUUGGCUUAGAGGAUGGCAUGCAGGGCGAGGUGACUGUCUGGAAUACAGAGUACAUUUUAAAUUUGUAUCAGUUGAGUUUGUAAGGUAAGACUGAGUUGUAUUUCUGUUUGUUUUUGCUCCUGGUUUCCCUUCAGUCUGUUUCUGAUGUUUACUUCUCAGGUUGUAUUUGUAUUUGAGCUGACAGAGGUAAGUCAUUAUUUAUUCCCCGGUGCUGCUGAUAUCUAGAUGAACUCAGGAUUACAGAAAAGGCAGUAGGAACAACGGUUCUGUCCGUAUGUUUGAGACUUUGGUAGACUUUUAUGAGGUAUUUUUCAAUGGUGGUUUGUUAAACAAGCAGAUUCAGUGUCAUCACCAUUGGUUAACUUGAUGCAUCCUUUCCAACUAUCAAGGAUGCCAAUGUAACUUUUGAAACUCAUGAGCAAGCUGAAGAGAAUUGCUUAUUUUCUUCUACUUGAUACAGAUGGGUUUUGGUUUGCGUUUUUGAAAGGGGAGUUCCUAUCUUGGUAAUGGAAUCAAAGUCAAAGUACAAAACCACAUUUAAAAAGGAUAUAAGUAUUUGUAUGCUACCAUGACUUUUACUAAGCUAAAUUGUGUGAAUUCAAUCACUUCUCUAGAGAUGUGAUGAUGUACUGAUAUUAGCAUGGCUAAUCCCGCCCCUGCUGCACACACACAUAGCAGACAAAAUAAGGCAAUAAAAAAAUCUGUUUUCCAAAAAAACAUUGGUUAGAGUUUAGUUGACUCUGAGACUUAUAUACUAUAAUUCUGUUUGCUUUCAUAGUUUGCAACUUAAUGAACUCUAGAACAUGGUUAACUAUAACAUACAAACAACAUACAUUUCACGAUUGUACAAAAUUAGGCCAGGAUAGAUCACACUUCAACUUCCACAGUGUAAUCAUUUCUCCAUUGUUAAACUCUUUAUUCCUAGAACACUUAAAUUCUAAGGAUAUUUUCACAUUCUUCCUUGUGAAAAUAUAAGGGCAACACACAUUUUGGGGUAGUUUCUGUUGAUAGAAAGGAAUGAAAAUAUAUAUAGAAUCAUAACAAAUGUAAGACACACCUGAGGUUAUGGAAGGGGCCAUAAGGAAUUGAAGGCAAUUCCAGUUUAGUGGAUUCUGGCAAACUACUCCCCAGCUGUGGUUUAAGCCAGCCUAAACUGUUUAUGUAUGACCUGAGAGCUCAGAAUGAAUUUUUAUUUAUUUAUCGUAGUUUUAAAGUAUUAAAACAUAAUCAAAGAAGAACAUGUUGUAGUGGUGUAUGUAGCCCACAAAGUUUGUAAUAUAUGGUGCCCAUACCUUUAUAGAAUGCUGAUUCCUGCAACAGGCGAAUCCAAAGGUCACUUGCACCACGAUCGGAAGGUGAGGCAAUGAAUUCCAUUGUUUGGGCAUCAUCAAAUACAUCAUUGGAAUUGCUACUGAAUAAUUCUAUUUGGCUUAUUUCCUGACUUAAAAUGUUGUAUAGAGAAGAGGAAAGAAUAUAAUUACCUAGACUGUUUCUUAACCACUUAUAUUUCCUUCAUCUUACAAAACUGCUGCAUCAAUUGCCACACUCAGUAAUAUAAAUACAACCAGUAUGGUUGCAUUCCCUAAUCUCAGGAUAGAGAUAACAGUUUUAUAAAUCUGUUGAAUUAUGAGAAGCUUAUUAAUACUACAAAACCAGCAUCAGUGACAUCUCUUAAAACACUUUUCAGUAUUAAUUUUUUAAGUAACACAAUGGAGGCAUGCUUGCCUUACAUUUGGUGACCUGACUUACAAAAUCCAAACCAUGACUCUAGACUAUUUACAUUAUUAAUAUAAAAUUUGCAAGUAAAAAUUUCAUCUUCAAACCAUACAGAAAUGAUUUUGCUACAUUAUUUUAGGAUUUUACAAGUGAUUCACAUUUAGGAAAAAAGUAUUUUUUUAGCCCUAAAUAAUGGUUACUUCAACUAAUGUGUAUAAGUAGAUUUAACUGUAUAUAUGUAAGGGAACCACAAAUAUUGUACAUUUUCAUAAUUCAAUGUGAAUUUCAUACAGAGCAAAAUUUCACCAAGAAAAUAAACAUUUGUUCCUAUCACUGAGUGAAUAUUUGUAAUUUUGAUUUAAGUCAUUUCUAGAUUUUUGGGUCCUCUUCUGAGCUUCUGAGAUAUGUGUCAUAUUAUUAUAAUAGUUCAUCCUGAUUCCUUUGCUUAGCCUAUAGUUCCUUAGAUAAAAGAGUUUUGCAAGGACUCUGAUUAUAUAUUUGAGGCUCCUCAGUCCUCAUAUUUCUAGUGAGAUCCUGUCUUCUUAAGAGGGCACAAUGAAUGGAGUAAUUUAAAUACUGAAAAAUUGAAUUUCUUCUACAUGUAACCCAUGCCUAAUUUUAAAAAUAUCGGUUACUUCUUGGAAUCCAGCAUGCAUAUUCCAAUUCAUUCUUUCUGUUGUGUUAGUUAUCAGUAGGUAAAUAGAUAAUGACACAGAAUUUAAACAACUUAUGUCACUAUUUAUUAAAAUAUCAAAUUGUACAUUUUUCAAAAUUUCUUCUUUUAAGAUUCUUAUGAGUUUAACAUGAGAUCAACAAAUGGUCAGUCUUUUCCUUUCUGAAUCCUUGUGAUCUGGUAAGGCCCCAUCCCAACAUCACAUCUUCAACAUGGUUCUCAUGUGUAAAUGCAGAGUCAUGUGGAAGGAAUUCUAGAAAAAUCUUAUUGAUGGAUUCAUGAGAGAAUAAACAUUAUCCUUAGAGUAUAACAAUGUGUUUCUCUUAUGGAGAUGUAGAGUCUUAAAAAACCACACAAUUUGGCAUUUUUUUGCUAUGUGUUGAUAGACAUGAAAAUCGGAAAAUACUUUGCUGUGCCGUUCUAUGUACUACAGGGUGUUGACCACCAUCUGUGGCCUCCACCUCUAAGUUUCCCAUAGUACAACCCUUCUACCCCACCCAAUGUGACAGUCAAAAUUUUCUGUAGACAUUGCUAAAUGUCUUGUGAGUGAUGAAAUUGCACUCCUUAGUUGAGAAACACUGGUGUUAAUUAUGGUAAAAUUAUUCUUUGUGGUGUUCUUUACAUCAGUUUACUGAACUCAUUUCUAAUGGGUAACCAGCUUUCGUUCA